AUGGGCAUCCAUGGGCUCACCACCUACCUCCGCGAGAACAGGGGAAAGCUCGCCGACACCCUGGAAUUUCGCAGCGGUGGUGAUAAUCACCGUAUCCGAACACCCAUAGUGGUAGAUGGCUGGUCUUUCAUCUACGAGGUGAUGAACUGCGCAGACUUGCCAUGGGUGUACGGUGGUGAAUACGAGGCGUUCUCAAACAUAAUUUCGCGAAUCGUGGAGGGAUGGCUUAAUGUAGGAUUACGCCUAUAUUUUGUCUUUGACGGGCCUUAUCCGUCGGUGAAGUUUCCGACCAUAGUGUCUCGCAUGGCACAGACGAACCAGGGCGGCCUACUAUUUUUCCGCACCUCUGCAUCGGCACGAUCAUCUCGCCGUUUCCUCCGUGAGACCUUUACACUCCCCCCUCUUUCAUACUCUGUCUGCGUUCGCACUCUAUUGGGCAUCGCGGCUGCCAAAAACUGUGAAAGUGCACGAGUGAUCGAAGUGCAUUUUGCAGAUGAAGAGGGCGAUCCUUAUGCUGUUGCGCUUGCAGGGCGUCUGAACGCGUAUGUCACAGGCCACGACUCGGAUUACGUGGUGCUCAACACCGACGGAUAUAAGGGAUACAUUCCUAUGGACGAAGUCAUCUGGAGCUCAAUAUCAUUGUCCCCCUCUGUGUCCCGCGCCGACAGUGUUUAUUCUUCUGCGGACGGAGACGUUGAUAUCAUGGAUGACGGUGGAUUUCGACCGGUGCGAAGCACGAAAAAGGCAAGCAAGCGCGCUGCUGCCAACCAUCGCGAAGGAAAUGGCAUCGUUCCUCCAUAUGAUCCCCUCGAAGUUGUAUCAGAAGUCGUUUUGACAGUUACAGUUUACCCCCCUGCUUCUUUGGCCGAGCAUUUGCAACUGCCAGUCUCGUUACUUCCUCUUCUUGGUGCACUGGUGGGGAAUGAUUUCACGGGGAUGGAUGUCGACUGGUCCCCUCAGCGCACCAGUAGCAGAAUGAAUAACCUGCAGCAUCUAUUCUUUGAACGACAAUUAACCCUCGUCCAGCGCAUCAUGCGAGUCGCAAACACGUUGCGUUCAAUUCUCUCUGCAGCCCUUUCCUCUACCGCUCCAAAAAAGACAAGGAAGCAGGUAGGGAGUGUAAUAGAACUCAUCGAUGCCGCUGUGACUGCGCUGCUCCUCCGUCCCACAGAUAGCAUGGCUAUGGGUGAGCGAGAGGCCAUCGUGGAGCGCAUUGUAGAAGCGACGCUCCAGUACGCGAUUCCUCGAUCUGAGCUGCAAAAUGAGGUCCAGGAUGGGGAAGAAGAUGGCGUGCAUGGACAGGAACUUGGCGACAGUGCGACAAUCUGGGCAUCCAAUGUAUGCGUAGUGCAUACUCGCGAAGAAUGUCCACUCUUUGCAUCUCUCUCGCGCCUUGUCAGUGCUCAGAACAGCCUCGCCCCAUCAGCAAGUGGGUCGGUUCACGAGGAAGAUCACAGCGGCGAAAUUUAUGCAGACAACUUCCGUGCUCGCCUUUCUGAGCUGUACAUCAGUGCAUAUCGUCGCGGUGCAGUAAGCCCACGGGUGCUAGAUAUUCUGAAUACAGGGACUAGCUGGCCCCGACAGUUCCUCGAGGAUCCUGACAAGGAAACCGUGUGGCGCAGCGUCGGGCGUUCCAUCAGAGAAUUGGGCUAUGCGAUCCUGGAUGAAGGCCUAGGAUUGCCAGUGAGGCCAGACGAUGAAGAAGAGGACGAGGAAGUUGACAAUGAUGACGACGAGCUUGUGGAUGUGGUGGAAGAAGAAGAUGACGACCUACUCGCACCGUUGCGGGGCGCAUUGGAGCAGCUUGACGUCUCAGGUGACGAGUACGCGGGUGAUGGCAUGACAGAAGCCCGGCCUCUUGUGGUAUCUUUGCCAAGUUCGAAAACAGGGCGCCAAAAGAUCGUGGUGGAGUACUCGCGACGGGGGACUCGACUGGCACCGGAAGACGUCUCUGUUCCUUCGCUAUUGGACGUGCUCGGGCAGUACUCGAUGACCGACGAGGGCGGUUUCGUAGUGCCCUUGCAGCUGUGGCCCGAAGAUGCGCGGCUGACCUUGUUCCUCCGAAUGCUGCAGUCGGACGUGACCCGUGUCAAUACACUGAGGGGUGAGGUCCUUAUGGCCGUGCUCGCUGUUCGCUGGGUUGUCAGAUGCAUGCAUACGCGCGCGCAAGAGAGUGGAGGUAAUAGGGAGAAGGACAAGGAGAGAUGGACCAGACAUGAGGCGAAGGCAUUCCUGGGGGCGUUCUCGUGGACCGCAUCCGGAACUCAAGCCCAUCCCGAAUCCCCUCAAUCUGCUAUUCCAAUUCUUGAGAGGAAUGUUCAGCUCGUGGCACAAGUGUCCGCGGCGCUUGAAUCUAUUCAGCAUCUUGCUCAGAUUCUGCUCCUGCACGAUCGAGUUCCUAGCCCGGCACAUCUCUUCUCCGGGCAGCGAUUCCAUGAGCUACUAACGGCGAUCGGAAAAGAAGCUGCCUUAACCGUCGAUCAGGAGAUGUGGGAAGCCUCAAUCGAGGCACAACAAACCGCGUUCGCGGAGCCGCGAAGCAAAAAAGCUAGGAAGGAGACGAAAGGCAAAGACCUCGCAACGGCACCGUUGCCGAGUGGGAUAUCUAAGCGAGGCAAAGAUUUCAGUGCUAUGGGAGGGAUGUUCGGUUUACUUGCGGACGCUGAUGUCUGA